CGCCUUUGUCUUUAUGAAUUACUGGGUUUGCUGAGGGUGAAAUGUGUCUAAAACGAUAUGUGAGUAGUAAGAGCGAUAAAGUUGGAACUGGUAUUGAUGGUGUUUCUGAAAGGCAUCUAUUUCAAAUCGUCUUUGGUCCUUAUAUAGUUGAAGAGGAGGCAGUAUUUGCCUUUUCAAGAGUGCUUCUGAUCUGUUUUUUUUCCAACACACUGAAGGUCAUUCUGUUGAAAAUAGUGGUAGUUGUAGCUGUCAAAAGUGAAAAGGAGACUUCACAUUUUCUACAAACAGCUUGCGUUUGGAUAGUAUACAAAGUAGCUCUGAAAGACAUUCAUGAAGGAUGGGUUGAGCUUCUACAAUAUUACACGAGUGCAAAUAUUGAUGCAGUCGUUUCCGACUAGAGUUUUGGUUUGACUCUGAAGAUAAAGUCCAACUUUUGGUAGAUAAUUCCUAGAAAGCAUACGCAGACGAACAAAGUGGUUUGCACAUACAUUGACACGAACCUAAAACAUUUUUCUAUUAUCGCAGCAAAAUCAAACCAUUUGCCACUACUCGAAAUUCAACCAGAACAGCAACAAUAAGAAAUAUGAGCCCAAGCCUAGUACAGUAUGGCAGAGUCAUCAAUUCUACAAAGAUAAUGACUUGUGUUUCUAUCUUUUACUGUUUUCUUCGUUGUUGGCAUGAGCGGAAAAGUGUCAUUGUUUUAUUUACUUGGAAUUGUAAACAGACAACAACAACGACAACAACAACAAGAGAAAGUAUAAUGUAUUGGUUAGUAUUACAUGGAAUAUUAAUAAUAGUUUUUGUCAUAAAAGUACGAAUUUGGCCUAUUUUUUACCAUAAAGGAAAAUUGCAUUGU